AUGGGGAGUGGUUUUGCACUCAUCUUUGCAAGUUUCCAGCUGUUGCUGCUGCUUCUUGGUGUCUGCAGAGGUGCGAAAAUCGGGGUAUGCUACGGGCGCAAUGCAGACGAUCUCCCAACUCCGGACAAAGCCGUACAGCUCAUCCAGCAGCACAACAUCAAAUACGUACGUAUAUAUGACUCCAACAUCCAAGUGCUCAAGGCCUUUUCCAACACAGGCAUCGAACUAACCAUCGGCAUCCCCAACUCCGACCUCCUCGCUUUCUCCCAGUUCCAAUCGAACGUCGACACCUGGCUCAAAAACUCCAUUCUUCCCUACUACCCAGCCACCCGCAUCACCCACAUCACGGUCGGUGCCGAAGCCACCGAGUCCCCCGGCAACGUCUCCUCGCUCGUGGUCCCGGUCAUGCGUCGCGUGCUCGCCUCCCUGAGAGCCGCUGGUCUCCACACGCGCAUCAAGGUUUCGACUACCCACUCUCUUGGCAUCCUCUCCCGAUCCUUCCCGCCCUCCGCGGGUGCCUUCGACAGCCGCUACGCGUUCUUCCUCCGACCCUUGCUCGAGCUUCUCGUCGAGAAUCGAGCACCGUUCAUGGUCAACGUGUACCCGUACUACGCCUACCGCGACUCGUCCACCAACGUGUCCCUGGACUACGCCCUCUUCGGUCCCUCCUCGCCUGAGGUCAUCGACCCCAACACGGGCCUUCUCUACGCGAACAUGUUCGACGCCCAAAUCGACGCGGUCAAUUUCGCGCUCGCUGCUCUGAAUUUCCGGACAGUCGGGAUCACGGUGACCGAGACGGGAUGGCCCACGAAAGGCUCGGCAAACGAGGCUGCUGCCACUCCCGACAAUGCGCAGGCCUACAAUGAGAAUUUGAUCCGUCACGUAGUCAAUAACACGGGCACGCCCGCAAAGCCCGGUGAGGUAAUAGACACGUACAUCUUCUCGUUGUUCAACGAGAACAGGAAGCCAGGGGCAGAGUCGGAGAGAAACUGGGGACUGUUUUUCCCGGACCAGACGAGCAUCUACAGCCUCGACUUCACAGGGCGAGGGGUUGGGGCUGCUGCGGGCCCUGCUGCUGUUGGGGGCACGACUAAUGGGACGUGGUGUGUGGCGUCGAGCAAUGCCUCAGAGGCUGAUCUGGAGAAUGGGCUGAACUGGGCGUGCGGGUCGGGGAAUGUGGACUGCUCGGCAAUCCAACCGAGCCAGCCGUGCUAUGAGCCCGACAGCCUGGCAUCCCACGCGUCAUACGUGUUCAACAGUUACUUCCAGCAGAAUGGGGCCACUGACGUUGCUUGCAGCUUCGGUGGAGCUGGGGUUAGGACUACUAAGAAUCCGAGCUAUGACAACUGCAUAUACAUGACAUUCGGGUCCAACAAAACUGCUACUGCAGCUAAUGCAACAGCUAUGCCUUCACAAUCUUCAUCUGUACAAAGACUCCCAUUCCCUGUGUUUGUUUUGGGUUGCUUGCUGGUGGUCUCGUUUUCGAUGUUCCUGUAA